CAAAAACACAAACAUGGCUACACAUAUUCGACAAGUAUUUGCUAAUAAAGCGGCUCAAAACUUACCUGUCUUGGUUACCUUUCUUACAGCAGGGUUUCCACAUCCGAAAUAUACUGUUCCAUUGUUAUUGGCUUUAGAAGCAGGUGGUGCUGAUAUUUUGGAACUUGGAAUUCCUUUUAGUGAUCCAUUAGCAGAUGGAGUAGUAAUCCAAGAAAGUAACAAUAUCGCACUUAGUCACAAUGUGAACUAUACUACAUGUUUGGGUUAUGUUAAGGAAGCAAGAAAACAAGGACUCAAGGCACCUGUCAUCCUCAUGGGUUACUAUAAUCCUCUUAUGUCAUACGGUGAACAACUGGCUGUUUCAGAAGCGAAAGAAGCUGGAGCAAAUGGAUUCAUCGUGGUCGAUUUACCUCCGGAAGAAGCCAUCAAAUUCAGGAAGAUCUGUACUUCUUCAGGGCUUAGUUAUGUACCUCUCAUCGCUCCUUCGACUUCAGAUUCUCGUAUCACUUUUCUCACUUCGAUAGCCGAUUCAUUCGUCUAUGUUGUCUCGAAAAUGGGUACAACAGGAGCAUCAAAUGCAGUCGAAUCUUCACUACCUCAACUCGUUUCUCGAAUCAGAUCUCUAGCCACCGCUUCAGCUGAAGGACCUGUACCUCUAGCUGUAGGCUUUGGUGUUUCGACUCCAGCCCAUUUUGAUGAAGUAGGAGCUGUAGCAAAUGGAGUGGUGAUCGGUUCCAAACUCUUAACGUUUCUGAAAGAACAAGAAGGAGAUCAAGUGAUCAAUGCCGCCACAUCAUUCUGUGAAGAGAUCUGUGGAGGAAAAUCAGGUCGAAAACGAAUGGAAUCCACUUCAACUGUACCCACCACCAAUGGAAACCAAACGAGUAAUGGAACUACAACCACCCAUUCGGAUACUCAAAACUCUUCGGAUUAUCGGUUUGGAGAAUUCGGUGGACAAUACGUUCCAGAAUCAUUAGUGGAUUGUUUGGUUGAACUUGAAGCAUGUCAUAAAGCAGCUAAAGCAGAUCCAAGUUUUCAAGCCGAAUUUCAAAGUUACUAUGGUUAUAUGAAUCGACCAUCAGGUUUAUACUAUGCCAAAAGAUUAACUGAAAAGAUUGGAGGUGCUAAGAUCUGGUUUAAACGUGAAGAUUUAAAUCAUACUGGAUCACAUAAGAUUAAUAAUGCAGUAGGUCAAGCUCUUUUAGCCAUGAGACUUGGUAAGAAACGAAUUAUUGCAGAAACGGGUGCGGGUCAACAUGGGGUUGCAACUGCCACUGUUUGUGCUAAAUUCGGAUUAGAAUGUGUGGUUUACAUGGGAGCAGAAGAUGCUAGACGUCAGGCUUUGAAUGUUUUUAGGAUGAAGAUGUUAGGUGCUAAAGUGGUAGCGGUAACAAGUGGAAGUCAAACACUGAAAGAUGCAAUCAAUGAGGCUAUGCGUGAUUGGGUCACGAACCUGAGCACGACACAUUAUCUUGUUGGGUCGGCUAUCGGUCCACAUCCCUUCCCUACCAUCGUUCGUGAUUUUCAAAGUGUGAUUGGAAAUGAGAUCAAGGAACAAAUGCAGGCUCAGAUAGGAGGCCUUCCCGAUGCAGUUAUUGCAUGUGUUGGAGGUGGUAGUAAUGCAAUUGGAACAUUCUAUUCAUUCUUACCUGACAAAUCAGUACGCUUAAUCGGUGUUGAAGCAGGAGGUUCAGGUACCUCAGGCCAUGAACACUCAGCUACAUUAAGUAAAGGAACCAAAGGAGUUUUACAUGGAGUUUUGACUUAUAUCUUACAAUCAUCAGAUGGACAAAUCUCAGAAACUCAUUCGAUUUCAGCCGGACUUGAUUAUCCAGGUGUCGGACCUGAACAUGCUUAUUUGAAAGAUGCAGGUAGAGCUGAAUACCGAGUAGCUACUGAUGUGGAAGCUUUGAAAGGCUUUAAAAUGUGUGUUGAACAAGAAGGAAUCAUUCCUGCUUUAGAAACGGCUCAUGCGAUUUGGAGUACAGCGGAUGUGGCACGUGAAGUAGGAAAAGAUGCAAAUAUUGUGAUGUGUUUAUCUGGAAGAGGAGAUAAGGAUGUAGAACAAAUUGCUCAACAGUUACCUAAGUUUGCAAAUGAAUUAGAUUGGCAUAUUGUGUAAGAUUUGACAAUAAGUCAGAUCAAACUUAUUAUGUAGACGAAGAAAACAAGAUAUGGAUUAUACAAAUAAAUAUAUAUCAUAGACAAAGAAUUAUUAUAUCCCCAUUCAUAUUGUAGACUUAUCUUUUAUUGAUGAGAAAUUUAUCACAUCACUUUUACUGAUCUG